AUGGGACCUGUGCAUUUGGGGAUUUUGCUUUUCAUGUUGGUAGUGUUUGGGUCUUCGGCCGGGACGCCGGAGGAGGAGGACGACGACGACUUGGAACGCUUGCCCAGCAAAUGCGAAGUCUGUAAGCUGCUGAGUCUGGAACUACAGGAAGAACUGAGCCGCACCCGCCGGUCUCGAGAGAUGUUGGAGCUGGGGCAGGUGCUGGACACAGGCAAGAGGAAAAGACACGUCCCUUACAGCGUUUCGGAGACGAGACUGGAAGAGGCCUUGGAGAAUCUAUGUGAGCGGAUCCUGGAUUACAGCGUUCAUGCUGAACGCAAGGGUUCACUGAGAUACGCCAAGGGCGAGAGUCAGACCAUGGUCACGCUGAAAGGCCUCGUUCAGAAGGGGGUGAACGUGGACCUGGGGAUCCCUCUGGAGCUGUGGGAUGAGCCCAGCGUGGAGGUCACGUUCCUCAAGAAGCAGUGUGAAACAAUGCUGGAGGAGUUUGAAGACGUUGUGGGGGACUGGUACUUCCACCACCAGGAGCAGCCCCUAGAGCAUUUUCUCUGUAAAGGGCAUGUGCUCCCAGCCGCAGAAACUGCAUGUCUAGAGGAAACUUGGACUGGAAAGGAGGAAAUCACAGAUGGACAAGAGGUAACAGGAGGGGAAGAGAGGCCUGAAGAGGAGAAAGAAGAGAUAACCAAGAUGCCAGGCCAUCCCAAGCAUGACCCAGAGGACCUCUGA